AUGGAAGACAACCAGUCGUGCAUCAAGAUGACGAAGAAUCCGGUGAACCAUGGUCGGGCCAAGCACAUCGACAUCAAGUACCACCACAUUCGUGAUGAAGUCAAGCGUGGUGAUGUCAAGUUGGAGUACUGUGAGACUACGAUCAUGUUGGCGGACAUCAUGACGAAGGGACUGCCAGGACCGCGUCACAAGGACUUGACGGCAGCGCUCGGCAUACACGCGUGUUCGCAUUGA